GCCACCGAGGGCCGCCGCGGCGCGGCGGCGGCAGUGCCGCGACGGGGUUUCGGGCGGGGCCCGGCUGCGGCUGGCGACGGCGGCGGCGCUGGCGGUGCUGCUGCUGCCGCGGGGCGCGCGGCCAGGCGGCCAGCCGGGCUUCGCCGCGGCGGCGCCCCGCGGGCGCGCCUCGAUCCUGGCGCGGCGGCGGCCGCUGGCGAGCGCGGGGCGGGGCCUCGCGGCCCGGAGGGCCACCGCGCAGAAGCAGAGGGAGCCGCAGCCGUGGGAGGACGACUACCGCAGGCCGCCCAUCCCGGCGGCCGCGACGGGGGGACUUCUCCGACGAGGACAUAGCGAAGUUUUAUGAGGAGACGACCUCCGGGAGCGGCGGCCCGCCGCCGCCUGGCCGCCUCCAGGAUCUGAUCACCCAGUAUUUCCUCUGGGACGGCAAGCUCCACGACGACGGCGUCUUCACCGCCGAGGACCACCAGGCCGCCUUCGAGACGAUGAAGCAGCAGCUGGAGGACCAGACCUGGAUCACCUACGGCGGCGUCAAGCAGCAGAGCGCGAACGACAAUAGAGACUGGGUCUGGCUCGCGGCCGACAAGACCUGCGUAGGGCUGUGCCUGCAGAUCUUCAAGUCCAUCCCGUAUGGGAGGCGUCCUUUGCUCGUCGCCAAGCACAACCAGACAGAUGUCAUGUUUGAGAAGGUGAACUGGGCCAAGGUCGAGGAGCGUCUCGACAAGGAGAUAGGCACCGUCGUCUCGACGGAGGAGAACACCGGCGCGCAGUGGCUGCAGGAAUACGGUUUCAGCGCCGACGUUUUCAAGACGGCGAUCGCGAACUUCGGCGCCGGCCACGGCCAGGAGGACGCGGCGGCGGCGCCGCCGGCGGUGGCGCCGCCGCCAGCGCCGCCGCCGAAGGCCGAGGAGGCGGAGGCGGCCGUCGGCGGCGGCAGGGCGGCCCCCGCGGAGAGCGGUGGGGCGGCCUCCGCGCCCGCGGGGGCGGAGAUCUCCAGCGCCCAGAUGGCGGCCAUCGAGGAGCUCUGCUGCAUCGACGGCGAGCGCAUGCUCGAGGGUUCGGGGCUCACCACCUGGGAUGCCUUGCGCGACAGGCUCAGGACCCUCACGACAGGCCAGCUCAAGCGCAUCAACGAGGCGAGAUCCUUGGAUUCAGGCGUCCCAAAGUCCCAGAAGCUCGACAACCUCCUCGAGUUUUUGCGCGCUCGCGUGACCUGA